AUGACAAUCGACGAAGGAGCCCAGAAGCCCAUGGAAGCCAAGAAGCACCAAGAAUAUCCACAGUAUCGUCGACCACGCCCUCCCAUCGUCGAAGUUGCGCUAGCCACCACCAAUAAGUACGUAGUUUAUUCGAGCGUCAUGAAACUACCAGAAGCCCGAAAAAAAGCAAUCCACAAGUUUCAUAGUAUUUCAUACUACGAUUUCUUUGGCGUGAGCAUAAAUCGCCCGAGAGAAAAAAUGGAAAAAUGGAAAAGACUGGAACGCAACUGGCCAGAGGACUCCAUUCCAGUAUCUCCCUUUGAUGCAGGGACGCUCCGUAUCCUAGUCUGGAAGCAAUACCUGCCGGACCCCUGGACUCAUUACCAAGAAAUCGAAAAACGAAUUCCGGGAGUCCAAAAGUAUCCAGCAAUCAAGGAGUGGCUCCUGCGAAGAUCGAGAGGUACCUACACAGGCGCAUUUUCGGCGACAAAAGGAAACAACUGGUGCAGGGUUUGUGGAUGCAACCUGUUUGGAUACCCAAUUGAUGAGCACCAGCCAGACCAAUGA